GUUUUGUUUUCGUUAAGUUAAGUAAAAAAUGAAAUUAUGGCGUAUAACGAUGAGUACAGCGUUUUACGGCAAAAAAUUACUUCAUUACGGUGCUCACCUGACAUAUUGAGCUCUCUUAAGGAGAUUUUUUCUAGUAGCAUCAACUCCAAAAGGGAAAUGGAAUUUAUAGGCAAUCUAAGUGAUCUUAUUUCCAUAUUGGAGAAAAGAUACCACCUGCAUCGAGAUAACAUAGAAGUUUUUAAAAUUAUAGCUGAAAAUCUUCAAAGGCAUGACUUAAAAAACUUAAUUAGGAAUUAUGGGUAUGUUCAACACAUUGUUCCAGAAAUUAGCCAUGGGGUAUCAAACAAUAAUCCUGAAAUAUCUCCUAUAUUUCUUCCUAUCCAUCCAGAUUUAAAACAAAGAGUAUAUGAUAAAAUAAGAUCUGAAAUUGGUACCCGUUGGAAGGAAUUUGCCCGAUACCUUAAUAUAAAAGAAGGUCAAAUUGACCAAUUAAAUCUUAAAUAUUCAACAGUUGAUGAGUCUACAUUGGAAGUCCUAAAAUACCAUGAACGAAUCUGCGAGCCUCAUAAACUGAGAACUGCUUUAUGUAAUGCUUUAAGUGCUGCAAGGAGAAAUGAUCUUAAGAUUGAGGUUGAACAUAUUUUUGAUACUCAUCAUUUAAUGUCUUUUGCCUAGUGAUUUCAUGAAUUCUCUAGAAAUAUUAUUUAUAAUGACAGUUAACAAAUUUAAAGCAAAUCCAAGCCUGGGUGC